ACCCAAAGUUUCGUCAUCAAUCGGUAACACAAAUACUAAUAUAGCUAUAUAUGCUAUAUAUGUUUACGUGAGCUACCGUUGUCAGUGUGUCGUCAGUAUUCGCAGUUCUUGAUAAACCUCAUACGCUUACUUAGUCAGUUCAGUACUUCUGCGCCCGGUGUUGCAAACGUACAUUCACGCACACGCCUUCGCUAAUUUUUCUCUAAAAACUUUUUACAGUUUACGUUAAAAACUUUAUUAAACGUCAACAUGGCCUACGCUGCACAAGUACCUAGCCGUGACUUCCUCUGGGAUGUUUUCAGAAGAGUCGAUAAAGAUAAUUCUGGACAAAUUUCUUCUGAUGAAUUGCAAGCAGCUUUGUCAAAUGGCACAUGGACACCUUUCAAUCCAGAAACUGUUCGUCUUAUGAUUGGUAUGUUUGACAAUGACAAACCCAAUCAAAACUCUUCAGGUAUGUUCGAUAAAAAGGGCAGUGGAACUGUAAACUUUGAAGAAUUUGGUGCCCUUUGGAAGUACGUAACUGACUGGCAGAAUUGCUUCAGAUCUUUUGACAGAGAUAAUAGUGGCAACAUUGACAAAAAUGAACUUAAAACAGCGUUGACCAACUUUGGAUAUAGAUUAUCAGAACCAAUUAUAGAUACUCUUAUGCGAAAAUAUGAUAGAGCUGGUCGAGGAACAAUAUAUUUUGAUGAUUUCAUUCAAUUGUGUGUUGUUUUGCACACUUUGACUUCUGCCUUCAGACAAUUUGAUACAGACAUGGAUGGAGUUAUAACAAUCCACUAUGAACAAUUUUUAGGAAUGGUUUUUAACUUGAAAGUAUAAAUACUUUAAAAAGAAAUAUUUCUCUACAUUCAACUUCCAAAUCUACUUGAUGUCAAUAAUCAAGCUUGUUCUCACAUUCUCUUGAUGAAAAUAUCGACUUUUUUGGGAAUUCUUUUUCAUUCAAGCCAAAAGGUUGCCAAAUAGUUCUCACAGAGCAUCAAUUGAUUGACAUGGAACAUUAAUUAUGUUCUUUUAAGUUACCUAUUAAAUACAGUGAUAUAAAUAAAAAGUGUACUAGAUAAACAACAAUUUAAUUGUUGCUGUUAAAUGAAAAGGGAAAAAAAAUUAAUAACAUUCCUACACAAUACCAUGCUUUUUAAAUUGUUUGGAUAUAAAAGAACUUAUAUUGAUCAAACUUUAAACUCUAAUCAUAUUCAUAUUAUAAUUAAAUUUAUCAAAGAACAAAAGUUAGAUUAUAUCAAUGUUAAAAAUGAAAGUAAUAGUUUAUUUUUUUGUACAAUACAAAUUUCACUGCUUCAAAGUUUUUAUGUAUUGAAUCUUCGUCAAGUUUGUAAAUUUAUAAGUAUUUUUCUAUUCUCAAUGACUAUCCUUCCAAGAAAUGUUUCUAUGCAUAAAAAAGUAUUGAUGUUAAUAAAAUAAAAAUAUGUACCAAAAGUUGAUAACUUUAA